AAAGCCACUGUGCGUCUUUACUGACGGUUCUGGUUGACGUCCCUUCCCAAGUUCUUUCACUCUCGUCACGCUGCUGCCAUAGCAAUACGUCUGUGGUGUCUCCUAUUGUCACAAAAGUUGUUGAGGUUGUUGAAUGAUAUCUAUUGCUGAGUUCAGUGUUUCUAGGCUCUGCCUGGCUGUCUAAGGUAUAGCUAGAAUAGCAGACAGGAAAAGAUAGCUGAGAAAGAGAGAAAAGGAGAGCUUUCUGGUCCUUCCCUUUUCUUCUUUGAUUAUUGUUUGUGCUUUGGAGUUUUGUUUGUUGAGUUGUGUUUUGAGCUCUUUGUCAGUCGAUCCGAUUGACAGAGAUAGAUACCGUCGGUAGGAGUGCUCAGCAAUGGAUCACAGCCAUGAUGACGAGGGUAUAUGGGAUGAAUUAAAUGACCAACAACACCGAGAAAUUGAACAACAUCAUCAUUACCGUCGGGCACAAACAUCCACCAACUGGAGGAUACCCCUGGGAAAUGCUCUUCGUGAAACGGCACAACAAGUCACCAACGCUGUCGUCUUGGGGAUUGGAGGGAACCCGCAACAACAAUCUCAUCGCUAUGAAUCCUUAUCCUCCCUCUUGCCCCCGCAAUCGGAGGCUAUUGACAACGAUUUGGGCAUGAACUUGUUUGGAUCUCGCCAGCAACAGCAGCAACAACAGCAACUACUACCACAGCGAACCGAACCAUUGAUACAACCCAAUCAGAAUCAUCCUUCGCAUGCCACGGCACGAUUUCAGGAACAUCAACCAGUCGAUCACAAUCAUAAUAACAACAACAAUAUGCAGCAGCAACAGCAACAACAGAAUAAUGCCUAUGUCUUUCUACAACCCUUCCGCCUGUUGCCACAACGAGAUGGAUGGGGGGCUGUGGCAGAUUUGGAUGUUUUCUUCACAUCACUCUAUCAGUACUAUUAUCAUCGAGGAUUCACUACAUUGGCAUUAAAAGGACUCGUCGAAUUGAUCACUCUAUUCUUCACACUCGGUCUUUCCAUUUUCCUUUUUGCCGCCAUUGAUUGGUCCGCACUGUCCGAUUGUACCGAAGAAACAACCUGCCACGACAAUUUCUCAUCCUACAUUGUACCCUUUUCAGCGUCCGGUAGUUGGAUGUGGAAGGGAUGGGUCUUUUUAUAUGCCACAAUAUUCUUUUGUUAUGGAAGUUUCUCCGUAUGGUCUUGGUGGCAUGCCCUGCAACAAGCACGCACGUCCAAGUGGUUCAUGGAAGAACAAUUGGGAAUUGGGGAACGCAAACUUCAAUCGGGGGCCGUAGAUUGGGAUCGCGACGUGGUGGCCAAAAUACAACAAUUGCAAACCACGGGACAGUACCGCAUUGCCAUUCAUGGACAAGCCGAUGAAACACUCGAUGCACUCCUCGUGGCACAACGCAUCAUGCGCAAAGACAAUUUCAUGGUGGCUAUUUUCAACAAUCCGGCAUUGCUCGAUUGGACCGUCCCGUUGGCUCCUGCUGGAGGAGAUGGAGCAGUCUUCUUUUCCAAGAGUUUGGAGUGGACAGUCUACUUUUGUAUCCUGAACUUUAUGUUCAAUCACAAAUACCAACUACGGCCCGCCUUUUAUCUCGAUUCCAACUCUCUCAAACGACGGUUCUUCCUGUGCGGGAUUGCCCAUUUGCUCUUUAUGCCAUUUCUACUUUUCUUUAUGACAUUGUACUUCUCACUACAAAAUGCAUACGAUUGGAAGUCCACACAAAACUAUCUGGGACCACGAGAAUGGUCUCUAGCUGCCAAAUGGACCUUGAGAGAGUUUAAUGAAUUGCCGCACUUGUUUGAACAGCGAUUGGAACCUUCCUAUGAUGCCGCAGAGGCAUACCUCAAACUUUUUCGGCAACAUGAAAUCAUCACGGCCGUGGGACGCAUCAUGGUCUUUAUUGGAGGGUCUCUGGGAGCUGUUCUCUUUGCAUUUGCUGCCAUGAAUGAUGCCAUCCUCCUACACGUAAAGAUUGCCGAUUGGAAUCUACUAUGGUAUGCCGGAGUCGUGGCGGCCAUUUAUUCGGCUGGGAAAGCCAUGCUUCCAUCUCAAGAAAAGGAGAACCACAAGCGGACUUAUCAUACCAACCUGUCGCAAGAAAUGGACUUGGCAUUGGAAGAGGUAGCAAAGCAUACACAUCACUACCCGGAUUUAUGGAAGGGCAGAGGUUGGGAUAAAACUACAACCUACAAAGCCUUUACCAAAAUGUACCAGUACAAAGCCAAGCUGUUUGUCCAGGAAUUGGUCUCCAUUAUUGUCGCUCCCUACAUCCUCUGCGUAUCGCUGCCUCGCUGUGCCGAACGGGUCUGCGAAUUCAUCUUGGCCAUUCGAGCCGAAGUGCCUGGUGCAGGAGACAUGUGCGGAUACAGCACAUUUGAUUUUGAUACUUACGGGGACGAUCUUUGGGAGGGCAAAACGUUUGGAGUUGGUGGUGUUGGUGUACAACAGCAAUCACCGACCGAUCCGCACCGACCAGGCUUGCCACCGGUUGUCACAGGAAGCCUUACCGAGUCCAUUAUGCAAUCCGGAACUGUGGAAGCCACGCAGCAAUUUCCAAUACCCAGAGCCAAGGAAGGGAAAAUGGAAAAGAGUUUUUUCAGUUUCAAGGCCGCACACCCCAGCUGGAAAUGUCCAGAAUCAGGCCAAGACCUAGUGGAGCGACUGGAGGAGUACCAAGAAGAGGAGUCUGCUGCUCUUGCUCGAGAACGACAACUACAUAUUGAAGCAGCAGCACGUCAGCUGGAGACCUUGGCUCAGCUUGAGAGACAGAGAAACCAGAGACUCAACGAAAGGCCUACGGUUGUGGACACCAGCGGAAUGAACGACGCCUACAUUGGCGCCAACCCACCAACAGCAGCGGACGCGGGAGCAGGCUUGCAGAUUCCACAACAGCGUCAGCAGCUUUCUCCUGUUGCGGAACAUCAGGCAUUGGGCAUGCCAUUGCCAGGCCCUGCAAACGUACCGGCUCACACGUUGGACCAGAGCCAUAAUAUGAGCAUGUCGUCGUCUUCUCCUCGCCGCGACGCUUCGCAACACGAACACCGAGAAGAACCUCAACCGGCUCCUCCAUUUGCCGCCCCAGCAUCUCUCCCAGCAGGAACAGCUUCGAGAUUGAACCGCCAUCCCACCCUCGCUUCAUCUUCUCCCAACAACUUGGCUCCUCCUCCGUCGAUUUUCCCGCCACCUACACCCGGUCCACCCCCGACAGCAACUUCAAGCCAGUCGACGAACGAGGUCGGAGCACACCGUCAAGCAGUGGGCGCAGGCACAAUCGGGAGUCUGGCUUUGUCGACCGAGUUGCAUCGACUCCUAAGCAUGUCGACACUCGAUCCCGACGUUGGAAGUGUCCUUGCGGAGCAUUCUACGUUGCACCCUGUUAUUGACUUGGCCAGGUCUAUUAAUGGUCUUCCUCCUGUUGAAGAAGAACGGAACCGUGCUAGAGAGAGACAGUACCUGCUUCUCGAGCGCUAUCAUGCCCACAAUGUUGUUGCUUCUCGCCAGAUGCAGCAGAGGCAUCAAAACCUUCGACAGUCACCUUCCUCGGUGCAGCAGAGCCGACCAAAUCCCAUGUCCAUGUCGAUAGCAGCUGGCGAGUCGCCCUCGGGGAACGUUGCAGCUCCACCCUUUGGUCGGAUGAGAUAUGAUCGUUUGGGGGGUUCCUCUCUUUUCUAAAUGAAACGUCUGAAUUCGAAGGUUGUUUCUAUGUACCGUAUACACUGGAUUACGCCAGAGGCACCACCAUUGAUUGAUGUAACGUGAACAAGCCCCGUGGAAAACGAAAGAUUUGCUACAGCUACAGCUAGCGAACCAAGGCUGAAUCCUUUUAAUUUCUUAUAGCAAAAAGUCCUGUAACAUAGAUUAGUUUGUGUGUAUUGUUGGGGUUGCUCAGUUGUGGGGAUAGUGCUUUUUUCAAAGAUGCAUUGUAACCGAGCGAUUGUGUGUUGUUGCGUGCUUUUCUUUCUUUCUUCCAAGGAACACAGAUUGGUUUCCUUAACUUGCCAUUUGCACGACCGUCUCGACGGCCACCUUGCAGCCACUGUAAAUUCCAAUCUGGUUGUUCUUCAUGAUACAGUCAUUCAUUUGCACCAAUACAUCGGGACUGGCCAAGAAGAGAUCAAGGAAUUCACGAGCAUCGGAUACCUCUCUGGCUUCGACCGUUCCAUCUCCCAAUUCGCUGGCUCGUUUGGCGGAAAAGGCUUCGUGUUCUCCCACACGACGGAGCAUGAGCUUGGGGACACAGUAAAAGGCCAUUUCCGAUGGUUUACAUGCGAGGACAUCCGAGACACGGCACAAGAUAUCGGUGGUAACCACGGCGGGGAUGUAUUCCUCAUAGGCAAAGAGGGUAAUGGCUUUUUUCGGUUCGUUGGUUUCGCUCGCGAGCAAAUUCUCUUGAAAUUUAGUCAAAUCAUCCAUGGAAUCCACGAUAUCAUAGUCCAGUUUGAGUUCUGCCAGUACUUCCGUGAAGGAUGCCUUCAUGUGUUUGUGAUCACCGGCAUUCAAAAAGAGCUGUAGCUUUCCACCAGUGACCAGAUCGGCGACAUUUCUCAAAAAGUUGGAAAUGUAUGUCUUUUGUGCUCCGGCUCCUCCGACGGGGAUGAGGACGCGACGAGGUUGAACUUUGCCACCAUUGUCACCAAAUCCCUUUUUGGCCCGAGCAAUUCUACGUUGGCAAUCGACGUCAAUGUUGUCCACCAUUUCCUUGGGACACCAGUGUCCUGCGUAUACGACUUCUUGGUGUUUGAUUCCCAUGCGUAGGAAGGAUUGAUAAUUGACAGGUCCCUGCAUCAUAUUCUUGGUUUUGGGUACGGUCAAGAACCACUGUGGGUAGUUGUCCACGACCAAGUUGACGACAUUCUUGAAUCCGGCCGCGACGGCAGCCAAUGCAACGACUUGAUGAGUGGUGAUGAUCGGGAUAUCUUUGGGAUAAGCGAGCAAGAGGGGUUGUAGGUGAGCGGCAGUGAGAUUAGCGACGCGAAGGGCAUCGGCAUCUCCCUGCAAGAGCAGAGUUCCCAGCAUUGUUUCAAUAAUGCCGCCCAUUUCCGAGGAGAGGCGAGAAAGCUUGGAGUACAAGUCAUCGGUGGACGCCAAUAAAUCGGCUUCAUCGGACGAAAUAUUGAGCAGGUCAUGAAAGAUGGUGGGGUAUCCCUGCCCUAGUGCCCACGAUACGGUGGAGUACGCCAAUCGAUGAUGACCAAAUCCCAUUCGAAUGGUAGCGACGACAAUGGGUUUCUUGCCACUGUCACUGGCCGAUUUCAAAAAGUCUUGCAAUUUUUGCACGUCCUUUGGAUCGACUGGUUUUCCUCCCGCUGCCGAGGGAGCCUCGCCGCCUUCUCUACGAGUGACAUUCAAGCCGGAAAUGUAGGGACUGGGGAAACAUUCCAAUGGAAUUGCUUCCAAGGAUGCCUGGCGACCACCCAACUGGGCCUUUUGCGCGACAACGACCUUGAGUGCCGAGACGGGAUUCUGUUUGGGAGCCCCUACGUGGGCGUCAAUGUCACACUCAGUCUUUGGGUUAUUGAGUAAGCGCUCGUACUCAGCCUUGGCCCACAUGUCCAAAGCCUUGUAAGAGAUAAAGCCUCCCACCAGAAGACCACCAACAGCUGUCAAGGCAAUGGUGACCACAUCCUUAUUGCCUUGACCGUUCAACAGGUUUGUCACCACGUCCAUAAUGGCACCUUUGCUCUCCAUUCCUUCUUUCUUUCCUUCUUUCUCAGAUGAUGAUGAUACCUAUCCUUUAGACUUUUCUUCCUUUUCUUCAAAACCCAAAGGUUCUAGCAGAUACCGAGACACGUACCGGUACAACUGAAGCUUUGUAAAAGUUGUGAUGAUGUGGGUAAGGAUCGAUGAAUCUUUUUCUCACUUGGAAGCUCCUUCGAAUUCGUCCUCUUCUUUCGAACAACAAACAAAC